AUGUUAUGCCUUAUAUUAAGAGAAUUAAAUUAUACGGAUUAUGCUCAAAUUUUAAAGUGGAAGAAGAAAUUAGAAAUUUUACAUGGCAUUGCAAAAAAUUUAGAGAAAAUUCACGAAUUAAAUUAUGUUCAUGGAGAUUUACAUAGUGGGAAUGUGCUUAUUUUUAAUGAAGAAUCGAAAAUCACAGAUUUGGGACUUGCAAGAUCUACAUCCGAUAAGUCAAAUUUAAAUGCAAGUGGAGUACUUCAAUAUAUGGCCCCUGAAAUAUUAAAUAAAAAACCUUACACUACUGCAAGCGAUAUAUAUAGUUUCGGUAUUAUUAUGACAGAAAUAACAACCCGAACGAUUUCUUAUGAAAACGAAUGUCAUAUUUCACUUGCAUUAGCAACACUUGCAUUAGCAAUUUGUAAUGGGCUACGUCCAAUAGUUGCUAAAGGAACACCAAAAUGUUAUGUUGAUAAAGUUAACCAAUGUCUCGAUGCUAAUCCAGCAAAAAGACCUUCCGCAAAAGAAUUAUGUAAUAUAAUAAAUAGUUGGCAAAAUAUUUCCUUUCAGGAAUUUAAUGAGGCUGAUGCAACAACCUCACACACUCCAGAAUGUUUUCAAUGGUUUGUCUGUAAUUCUUUUAACGUUUCUCAUCGUUCAAAGCAAAGAGAUAUUACAAAUUUUACGGGAUUUCAAGUUGAAGAUUCAAAAUUGAUGAAUCUUAGUGUUCAUAGUGUUCCGGACUAA